GGCCCGUGCCGGCCAGGGCACUGCAUUAAGCAAGGGCAGUGAAGUCUACACCGUUCUUGGCACUAGCCAAUAUGGGAGCCACUGGCCACCCAUUUCUCAGGAUUCUUGCCCUGGCCAGCUAUUUAAAAGGCUUCAACGCCUGUACUGGCCAGAGACCAUCUGCUCCCAUCCUCUGUGCUAAGGCAGGCAAUGCCUUUUCUCAAUUUGCCCUGAAGGAUGCCCUGCCGGCCGGCAACAGCAGCGCCAGCCCCUCCUGCGGACAAGACGCCUGCCUGGAUCCCGUGGCUACAUGUGUUGGGCAACUCAGCACCUCACUGAGUCACCGGCAGACAGGCCAGCAAGUUUCAUUUCCUUCCCUAUUCAAGAGCUCCUGAGCCCAAGGCAGAGGACAGCAGAGGCUCCCCGGGGGAGAGGCCAGGAAGAGUCAGCCGGGGAGAGAUGAGCCUUCCAAGGCUUGCUGUGUGGCUGUGGCUCGGUGGCGGCUGCCUCCUUGCAGUCUGGGCUGGUGCUCGAGAUGAGGCGGCAUCGCAGCUGCUCACCCAGAGGAGACCAGGGCUCCCUGCUGCCCUGCUGUGCUCUGGCACCGAAGCAUCAGGCCCAAGUUGCCCCCACAAGAGGAAAUCAGCCACGCUGGUGCCUUCAUUUACCAAGACCACAACACCCCCCACCACCGUCCACAUGAAGACCACAUCCCAUCCCACAACGCAUGCAAGCAAUCACACUACAAGGAGUCCAACCAAUCACACCACAGUUCCAGCCAACCACACAACCCCCCACCCCACCAAUCACACCACCCCAUUUCACACCGCAGCGCCAAUCAAUCACACAACCAUGAAUUAUACCACAUCCCCCCACCCCACUAAUCACACCACCCCUCCUGCCAACCACACCACGACCCCAUGGCCCACAGACACACCCUUUGUGGCCGUGGGCAAUUACACAGUCAAGAACGGAUCCACCGCCUGCCUACGGCUGGAAGCAGGCCUCCAGGUCCAAGUACAGUACACCAGCAAAGCCAAGCAAAAGCUCUGGGGGGCAUUUGCUGUGCAGCCUAUCCGCACCAACGCAUCAGGGGAUUGCUCCAGUGAAGUCGCCACCCUCAAGCUGCAAUUUCCAGAGGGCUUCCUCAUCUUCAUCUUCAAAAAGAAUCAAACCACAAGGACAUCCUACCUGAAUAGAGUCCAGGCCAAUCUGACAUACCAGUUCCGACAGGCCACAGAGACGUCCUUUGGAGCAGAUUCUUCCUCCCUCAGAGAGUUUGAGGCCUCCCUCGGACACAGCUACCAGUGCCAGAACCGCACUUUGGCCCUCUCCAGCAAUUUUCACCUUCAGGUCCUGAAUGAACGGGUCCAGGCCUUUGAGCUGCAAGGUGGAGAAUUUGGGGAAGCCGAGGUCUGUUCGCCGAAGAGACGAUCAAACGUCCUGCUGAUCACCGUGGGGGUUGUUCUCGUCAUUCUCAUCGUCAUUGUGCUCGUGGCCUUUGCAGUGGGGCGAAGGCGGAGCCACGUGGGGUACCAAUCCCUCUGAGAAGCCUUGCCCUGCACACUCACCAAUCCGUGGACCUUCACCUUGGCCAAGGGAAGAGUGAAGAACCAGCUCUGGGCUCCUCUUCUGUGGUGGCUGAGAUGUCAUCCGGGGAAUACUAUUUGGCUCAGCCCAGUUGCUAAAUGCAUUCCAAUUUUGUCUUUGUUGCUUAAACUAGUGAUUCCGAAAGCUGGGUUUUUUUAUAUGUAAUAGUGUGUAUUGCAGGAGAUAUGAAGCCACCGUAAGUUCAGACACAAGCAGUAAGAUCUGGCUGUAAUGGAGUUAAUUCUGGGGCCGUUUCUUCUAGUGGACUGAUGAGAGACAAUUCUAAGAGCCAGAUCUGCUCCGUGGUGACACAGAAAUCCAUCCUACUGAGUUGUUCGGGCCUACACCCAAGUAAGCAUGCACACAGCAGGGUAUCAAUCCUUUGCACGCUUACCUGGAAAUAAGCCCUGCUGAACACAAUUAGGGAUGGCUUCUGAGUAAAAGUGCACAGGAUUGGGCUGCGUGUCAUGUGGGGGGCUGUGUCAGCUUGUUUGUGGGCAGGAUUCCACCUGCGUCUUCCUCCUUAGCAAGUCGCGUUCAGGCUUAAUGGCUGCUGAUGUCCUUUCCCUUUGGCUUGUUCCCCAGUGCUCUGCUCUGGCUACGGGGCCUUGGAGAGAGUCACGCUGGCUACACAGACAAGCUGCUGGGCCCGCCCACUGCUGAACACCUUGAAAUAGGGCAGCCGAGCACUCCUAAUGGGAUAAAUAAAGGGGUAACUUUUCACUUGUGGGAUGGAGGGGUUUAAAUGGUUCCACUGCGCAGCAGGGUGAGGUGGUGGAGAAAUUGCUGACAUUCCCUCGCCAAGGUGGAUAUCAUGUGCUGUUUUGUUAUGUUUUGUUCCCAAGCACGAGAGAUAAUUUUGGGGAAAUGUUCUUUGCCUUUCCUCAUUAGUGCACGUGUUUGUUUAUAUCCAUGUAGGGUUGUAAUGAUAUUUUAUAUUAGGUGAUCUUUGGUUUUGAGUAUUUUUCUUGUAAGUCACCUUAAGAGUUUCCUUUUUUUCAAGCUAAGAAACAGGAAAUAAUAUUCCUAGUAAUA